CUAUUUUAAAUUGUUAAACAACUUUGGAAUUUCAUUCGCUGACUACAGUUUCUUAGAAAUAAAUCGUCAAUAUCAACUUUAAUAACACAAUAAAAAUGUCUCUUCCAACAAAAUACAUUGGCCUGAAUCACAUUGACUUAGAAACUGUUGGUCAAAUAGCAGAUAUGAAAUGCAAAAUUGAACUAAGUGAUGAUGCCUCUUUUGUGAGUAAGAUAGCAAAGGGUCCAAAGCUCGUGAAAAAGUUACUCGCAGAGGGUCGGGUAAUUUAUGGAGUGACAACUGGUCUCGGAGAGAAUUGUGGAACAGCUGUAGAACCAGAAUUGAUACAAAAGUAUCCAAAUCAUGUAAUUCAGUUUCAUGGUUGUGCACUGGGAUCGCUGUUUUCUCCAGAAGAGACUCGUGCCAUCAUAGCGGCUAGACUUGUAUCACUUGCUAAAGGAAACUCCGGAGUAAGAUUGGAGUUACUGCAAGCUUUGGCUAGUCUAUUGCAGCACGACAUGCUUCCGAGAAUUCCACAAGAAGGCAGUGUCGGUGCUAGUGGAGAUCUGUCACAUUUGUCAUAUAUUGGAGCUGUUAUUUGUGGUUUUCGAACGGUAGAUUACUUGGGAAAAGUCAUGCCAGCAUCAGAAGCCUUGCAAAUUGUUGGUGUCACGCCAGUAGCACUUGAAAACAAAGAGGCUCUAGGUAUUCUCAACGGUACGUCAGCUAUGACAGGUGUUGCUAUUUUAGCAUGGCAACGAGCGCAGAGACUGUCACAAUUAGCAACAAGAGUCACAUCAUUGGCUGUUACAGCGUUAAACGGAAAUCGUUUUCAUUAUGAAAAGGAAUUAUUUGAAGUCAAAAAUCACAAGGGUAUGCAACUAGUGGCUGAAAGGAUACGCUCUGACUUAUCGAUAUCGGCUCCCGAAUAUCAUACAAAGGAAAGAAUUCAAGACAGAUACAGCAUUAGAUGUGCGCCGAAUGUGAUUGGUGUCCUAGAAGACGUUUUAUCCUUUACAAAAGGUGUCAUCGAAGCCGAAUUGAACAGCACAAAUGAUAAUCCCGUGAUCGAUGUGAAUGUUGGUAGAGUUUAUCAUGGUGGAAUGUUUUAUGGAGGUCAUAUAGCUAUGGCUAUGGACACUUUGAAAGUACAAGUGGCUAGCGUAGCAGAUUUGAUAGAUAGGCAAAUGGCAAUUUUGGUGGACACUAAUAUAACAACGGUUUACCAGCAGAUUUGACUGGCGCAACAGGGCCAGCGAAGGCCAUUAAUCAUGGAUUAAAAGGACUUCAAAUUACAAUGUCUGGGUGGACAGCCGAAGCGUUGAAGAUGUGUAUGCCAGCCACAGUGUUCAGUCGAUCGACUGAGAGUCACACUCAAGACAAAGUUAGUAUGGGUACAAUUGCAGCCAGAGACUGUCGGCGUGUCAUCGAAUUGACUGAACAAGUGGUUGCAGGAAUGCUAAUAGCCGUAAGACAGGGACUUGCUCUACGUGCCAAACAAGGAGAAAAAGUGACUCUUUCUGAAUCGGCAAUUAGUUUCGUAAAUCAGAUAAGCAGAGACGUUGCAGAGUUUACUGACGACGUGUUUCUCGAACCGGUACUACGUAACUUGCUUCGGACAAUUAAUCAGAUGCCUCACACAAUUUAUUGAAGUUAUUGAUCUCGAUAUAUUUAAGUAACUGGU